CAUCGCUAGUUGACAGGGCAGUUUGGCACAGUUGUUUACAUGUCAUAGCAUUAAGGUUAUGUUUAUAAAAUUUAAUAAUACAUUUUUUUUAAAUAUAUUUGUGCCUUUUGUCACUGUCCUCUCAUAAUGAACAACUUGGUCAUCCUUUGUUUCUUCUCAACAUUUUUUAUGCACGCUUCCGCCUUGUGGUGCUACCAAUGCGUUUCGAAUCAGCCAGGCUGUGGGACCCCUUUUAACUGGCUUUGGCAUUGGACAAAAGUGUGUCCGGAAGACGAUGAUGUUUGUGUUAAAAUAAUUGAAGAAAAAAACGGAGAGACUGUAAUAACUAGAGAUUGUCUGAGUUCUUUGCAAGGCAUCCGAACUGACAUUCCUGCCGAUCAUUAUGAAGGUUGUAGGCCAGCAGCUGUAGAUGUGAGAUUGGGGCAUUAUGUAAAUAAUAGCAUUAAAGAGCUUGACAUACAUAGAAAUUAUUAUGAUAAAACGACGUGGUGUUUCUGCUUUCUUGACCACCGAUGUAAUAGCGCAUUGACGAUAUAUCCGUCUAUUGUUGUGGCUGUUGUCGCCACAAGUGUUAUGAUUUUAAACCUUUUAUAAUGUAUCUGAUUAAGUUUAUGCUAAGUCCGUCCAUUUUAUAAAAAGUGUAUUUUUUUAUUUUAUUUUGUUGACAAUUAAUUUUACUGAUUUUUAAAUGAAUCGAAUCAGAGAUCUGUGGUUGAUAUUUUUUUUUACAUUUUUUGAAUAAAAAAAUGAAACAUU